ACGCCUUCCGCAACUAGCUCCUUCAAAACUCAAACCUCCAACCCUAAGCCCUCGCUCGGGUUCCUCUUCGCUCCCAGAUCUGUUUCCUUCUCUCCUCUCCGAUCCAAUCGUUGCAGAUCCAAGAUGGUGUCCGACGCCAGCAAGAUGAAGGCCGCGCAGAAGAAGGCCGCCGCCGCUGCCAAGAGAGGCGGCAAGGCCGCCGCCAAGAAAGGCGCCACCUCUUCCAAAGCCGCCGAUAAGGUCGCCAAUGGAAUCGCCGAUAUUCAGAUUUCGGAUCGGACCUGCACCGGCGUCCUCUGUUCGCAUCCUCUUUCCAGAGAUAUUCGGAUAGAGUCUCUAUCUGUUACAUUCCACGGACAUGAUCUCAUUGUUGAUUCUGAAUUGGAGCUCAAUUAUGGAAGGCGUUAUGGUUUACUUGGAUUGAAUGGUUGUGGAAAAUCUACACUGCUUACUGCAAUAGGUUGCAGGGAACUUCCAAUUCCCGACCACAUGGAUAUCUAUCACCUUUCCAGGGAGAUUGAAGCCUCUGACAUGUCUGCAUUGGAAGCCGUCAUAAGCUGUGACGAAGAAAGGUUACAAUUGGAGAAAGAAGCUGAAGAGUUGGCUGCACAGGAUGACGGAGGUGGUGAAUCCCUUGAACGUAUUUAUGAACGAUUGGAUGCCCUAGAUGCAGCAACUGCAGAAAAGCGUGCUGCUGAAAUCUUACACGGUCUUGGUUUUGACAAGCAAAUGCAGGCAAAGAAGACCCGUGAUUUUUCUGGUGGCUGGAGAAUGAGAAUUGCUUUAGCACGAGCUCUAUUUAUGAACCCAACCAUUCUUCUACUUGAUGAACCAACCAAUCACCUUGAUUUGGAAGCUUGUGUGUGGCUGGAGGAGAAUUUGAAGAAGUUUGAACGUAUUCUGGUUGUGAUUUCACACUCUCAGGACUUUCUUAAUGGUGUCUGCACAAAUAUUAUCCACAUGCAAAACAAAAAACUGAAGCUCUACACUGGUAACUAUGAUCAAUAUGUUCAGACACGUUCUGAGCUAGAAGAGAACCAGAUGAAACAGUACAAGUGGGAGCAGGAGCAGAUUGCCUCAAUGAAGGAAUAUAUUGCCCGAUUUGGUCAUGGUUCUGCAAAACUAGCUCGCCAGGCACAGAGUAAGGAGAAAACACUGGCAAAAAUGGAAAGAGGUGGACUUGCUGAGAAGGUGGUUAGAGACAAAGUUUUGGUAUUCCGUUUUACUGAUGUGGGAAAACUGCCUCCUCCCGUUCUUCAGUUUGUUGAGGUGGCAUUUGGUUAUACUCCUGAUAAUCUGAUUUACAAGAACAUUGACUUUGGGGUUGAUUUAGAUUCUAGGGUUGCACUGGUUGGACCAAAUGGUGCUGGGAAGAGUACACUACUGAAGCUAAUGACAGGAGAGUUGAUGCCUUCUGAUGGCAUGGUGCGUCGUCAUAAUCAUCUUCGGAUUGCCCAGUAUCAUCAGCAUUUGGCUGAAAAGCUAGACAUGGAAAUGUCUGCUCUCCAGUAUAUGAUUAAAGAAUACCCUGGAAACGAGGAAGAGAAGAUGAGGGCAGCAAUUGGAAAGUUUGGGCUCUCUGGUAAAGCCCAGGUAAUGCCAAUGAAGAACUUGUCUGAUGGACAAAGGAGCCGAGUGAUAUUUGCUUGGUUAGCUUUCAGGCAGCCUCAAAUGCUUCUUUUGGAUGAGCCAACGAAUCAUUUGGAUAUUGAGACUAUUGACUCAUUGGCGGAGGCGUUGAAUGAAUGGGAUGGUGGCAUGGUGCUUGUGAGCCAUGAUUUUAGGCUCAUUAAUCAAGUAGCCCAUGAGAUAUGGAUAUGUGCUGAUCAAAGUGUUACCAGAUGGGAGGGUGACAUUAUGGAAUUCAAGCAGCAUCUGAAGGCAAAAGCGGGUUUAUCUGACUGAAGCAGGUGUGGGGACAUUGGCUGCUUCUGAUAUCACCGUCUAAGGAUUUCUCACUGCCAGUAAACAGUCGGUACCUCCGUUUCUCAACUUUGACGAUUUUCAAUGGCAUAAUCGGUUUGUAGUAUACAAGGUUGUUAUAUUUUUUGUCCGAGCCAAGAUUCCCCGCCCCUCCAACGGUUUGGACUGGUAAUAAUUUUUUCUUAAUUACUUUUUGUUGUGCUAGCUUAUCAUUUAAUUGCUUGGUUGUUAACCAGCAUGGAUAAAUGGGACUUUCACCUUGAGGUAGAUGGGUCCCUAUCUGAAUCUACGAACGAGGCUAUUAUAUUUGUGUUAUUAUAAUUGUUAGUUACCUCAUACUACUUUUUCUUCCUGGUAGUUUCUUCAUUAUACACCUAUAUUUCCUUCUUUAUGUCUUCGUAAUUUUAUUUAUUUUAUUUGUUAUAAAUUGAAUGGAAAAUUUGCGAUUA